UUUCUUUUUCUUUUUUUUUUCCAAAGCCCAUUGAUACAGUGUUUGAGAACUCCAACGUGAAACUUUAAAAAGCAUGCUUUAUACGAUGGAUGUAGCGGGCUCCAUUCCACAGUCCCACUCUCCGCUCUCAACUCCAUUACUAGUUUCUUUCAUGCACUGGAGGUAAUUGUGGAUGAAGUAGGUUGAUAAUUUUGUACUGGGUACAUGUUGGAUUUUUGAGAUUGUGAGGAGAAAAAGAUGAGGCAGGUUGUAAUGCUGGAUGAGGGGUUGAGGAUUCUGGAAGAAGGGAUUGUGAAGGCAAAGAAUAUUCUAAUUGGACACCCACCCAAGGCAUUGUUCUCCAGCGAAGACUAUAUGAAGUUCUAUAACUGCGUUUAUACCAUGUGUUCUCAGAGACCACCUUAUGACUAUUCAGGGGAGCUUUAUGAAAGAUACAAAACCGCUUUGGAAGAGAGCAUUGUUUCAGUGGUGCUGCCAUCUCUAAAUGACAAGCAUGAUGCCUGUUUACUCGCAGACCUUCUGCAAAUAUGGACAAAUUACAAGGUGAUGACGAAGUGUUUAUCUGGAUUCUUUCUGUACCUUGAUCAUCACUUUGUUGUUAGAAGAAACUUUCCAUCACUAAAUGAUCUUGCAACUAUUUCCUUCCACAAUCUGGUCUGGAGUAAGCUGUAUGGCAACUUUCUAGAUGCUGCUAUUUCCCUGAUCAAUCAGGAUCGGAAUGGGAAACAGGUUCAACAAGAUUUGCUAAAAGAUGUCUUGAUUUUUUCGACUUUCUUUGCGGAAAUUGGAGAGCAAAAGAUAGAAUACUAUGAAAUGUUUGAGCAAAUCAUGCUUAAAGAAGCAGCCAGUUACUAUGCUCAAUUAGCUUCAGAGUUGCUUUGCUGCAGAUCAUAUACAGAUUACAUUCAAACGGUUGCAUGGUUAUUAAUACAAGAGAGAGAAAGAUCUGUCCGGUACUUGCAGCAGGGUUCUGUAGAGAAGUUACUUGAGAUUGUAAAACGGAAAUUGAUGGAUGAAACUGCACAGUUAUUAGUUGAAAAGCAAAAGGCUGAGAGCCAUGACACAGCAACUUAUCAGGAUCUACUGUCAAAAUGUGCUGGCAUGAGCCUUGGAGGGGAAAGUUCUGUGUCACCGUUGACUCAAUGUCCCUUUCUACAGUAAAAGUUCAUCUUCUAGUAAUUAGAAAGGGUUGAUGAAACAGUCAAGUUGUCAACCCAAAUUCACUGAUUUUUGCGAGUUAUUGAAUAAUAGUUUGAACUGGAAGAGAUAGGUCUUAUCAUUCCAUACUAAAAUCAAAAGUCAAUAUGUCUGUUACUGUGUAUUUGUGUUCAUUUUCUUCAGCAAUUGAGCAGUUUGGUUGGGACUCUUCGCAUGGGGAGACAUGCCAGUUCUUUGCUCUGGAAUUUGUCACUGAAUAAUAUAACACAUGAAGGCUGAUGCGUUCAGUUUUGGCCCAGUUACAGUUGAGCUUUUGAAAAGACUGGUUCACCGAAGAGGUGAGAAUUUUAGGUUAGGUUAGGGGAUUGUAUUAAGAGCCAUAUGUUGAGCAAAGUUGGAUUUUUUAAAUUGUUGAUCCUUCAAUAUUGAAGGAAGGUAUAGAACAGGAACAUUGCUAGCUUUUACAACGCUUGCUGUGAGUUACAUUUGUUAAGAAUGGGUGAGCCAUGAUUGCUUUGAGUUACAUCAGAAUGUAUGUUCCCAAAAUGCAAAUGCAAAUGUGCAAGUUGGAACUGUGUC